AUGUCCUUAGUGGACGACGAGACUCUAGUGCGCCUGUGUUCGAGUGCAUUUACGAGUGAUGAAAUUAAAAAUUUGAAAUCGUUAUUGUUCGAUUCGGUAACAACGGAUCAGCGUAACAUCUUAAGGAAACAGCGAGGAAAGGAGGCACGGGACUUAGAAGAUAUUGUGUCGUUAUUGAAGUCGAUCGACUCAGAAAAAGUUCCAGUGUUUGUUGCACGAAAUUUAGAAAGGCUACCGCCAUUAUCGAUUGAUCACUUGGAUUGCACAAAACUAUUAAAAGAUCUUUCCAAAAUUCAACGUGACAUAGACUCAGUAAAAAUGACGUAUGCGACGAAGCAGCAGUUCGACGAGUUACGAUCUGAUAUCCAAACCUUAAAAAAUCCGACAUUGCCAAUGUCCAUCUUCGGCAACGUAAAUGCAAGACGUGGAGCUUGGAUAAACGACAGUGGGCCAUUGGGGAUAUCUUUUUGCAAUACGGACUCGUAUGAAGAUGUCAAUAUGUCGCCGAAGCCCAGGGUAUCGCCAAACCAGCACUUAAAUACGUCCCAAGAGUCGUUACAAAGGACUUCACCUAAACCUAACAAUGGCGGUGACACGAUGACAUCAAAAAACCCUCUUACGCCGAUUUUAAGUAAAACACAAUCAUUAAGUCAAGAGAAUCUCAAUAAAUCGCAGAGUUCGCCGCAUAAUAAAUGCAAAAAUAAGAAGCAAGCGGUAGAUGCAUCAGCUGUGGCUGUGACGUCAGCGCCGGCCGAGAGCCCGACCCGCCCGACUGACUUACCUAUCGCUGAGCCGGACGAUCAGCUGAUGAGCGCGCAAGUACCUAUCCGCGCCGAUAUUAACUGUAGCGGAGAUAAACAAAUAUUAUCUGAGCGUAAAUCUUUUGCAGAUAUUGCUAAAAAGGAGGGCGAAUGGAAAACAGUAGGGAGGCCGAAACCAAAACCCAGCGGUCGUUUUCUAGGCAGAAAAGGUUGUGCAAAUGUUAGUGAUGGAAAGUUUAGAGCGGCUGACCCGAAGGUUCUUAUGUUUAUAACCAGAGUACAUAAGGAAACGACAGUGAAAAAUAUAGAGGAGUAUGUAUACGAUAAGACCGGAGAGAAUAUCAAGCUACAAAAGCUUUCGAUAUAUAAGGAAAAAGAACACUGCGCUUAUAAGUUCUUAGUGGCCAAAAAUGAACUAGAUUUAUUUUUAAACGAAUCACUAUGGCCCCAUGGCGUAAUAUUUCGGAAAUUUGUACACUUUAAAUACAGAGACACGAAAGGGCCUAGCCCAAGCGGCAUUAAUUAA